AUGGAUGACUCCAUUUCACCACCCAAACCUGAAGAAACCCAGCAGCCUCCUCCAAUGGCUUCCACAAUUUCCUCAAUUGUGGAAGACCCCACCACCCACAUGCCAUCGGUUUUUGAUUGGUCGGCUUUCCUCGACUUUGACUUGGACGAACAGUUCAACUCCAUACCUUUCCCCAUCGCCGCCGGCGAUGAGGAGCAACGGCAAGAGACGACCGACGCCGUUCCCAUCUCCCCAUCGUCUGAAUUGGAAGCCCUUUUGCCUCCGGCGGAUGAUCUGGGCCGGGUUAGGAAGAGAGACCCGAGGCUUGUGUGCUCCAACUUUUUGGCUGGUCGGGUUCCUUGUGCUUGUCCGGAGCUUGAUGAGCAAUUGGAGCAGGAAGAGGUGAAGAAUCUUGGUGGGCCUGGCAAGAAGAGGGCCCGGACUGUUAGGCUUCCGGCCGGGUCGCCGGCUCGGUGCCAGGUUCCGGGAUGUGAAGUUGAUAUCAGUGAGCUUAAAGGGUAUCACAAGCGGCACCGGGUAUGCCUGGGUUGCGCCAAUGCUAGUUCCGUUGUCCUUGAUGGACAGAGUAAGAGAUAUUGCCAGCAAUGUGGGAAGUUUCAUGUGUUGUCGGAUUUUGAUGAGGGCAAACGCAGUUGCCGGAGGAAAUUAGAGCGACAUAAUACUAGACGACGAAGAAAGCCCCAUGAUGGCAAAGGCGGAGUUGGAAAAGAACAUCAACAGAUUACACUGGCUGAAGAUGUCAGUUGUGAUGAUGAUACAGGGAAAGAUAGCACAUGCUUGAGCAAUGAAACCCUGGAGAAAGAUACACAAUUGGAAUCUGAAGGGCAACAAUCAAACCCCUCCUCAGCUCAUGGUUCACAAGAUAUUCAGAAUAGUAGUCCUCUAACUAUUGCAACAUUUAGUGAAACCCAGAUUGACAGAGAAAAAGAAAAUCCUAAUUCCAGUCACUCCCCAUCCUACUGUGACAACAAGACUUCUUUCUCUUCUAUGUGCCCUACCGGUCGGAUCUCUUUCAAGCUUUAUGAUUGGAAUCCUGCAGAAUUUCCUCGGCGCCUACGGCACCAAAUAUUUCAAUGGUUAGCCAGUAUGCCUGUUGAAUUGGAGGGAUAUAUCCGACCUGGCUGUACAAUAUUGACAAUGUUUAUUGCAAUGCCAAGUUUUAUGUGGUUUAAGUUAUGUGAGGAGCCAGCUGCACACUUGCAUGACUUGGUUAUCUCUCCUGGAAACCUGUUGUCCGGGCGAGACACUUUUUAUGUAUAUCUUGAAAACAUGAUCUUUGGUGUAAUGAAAGAUGGGAAUUCUGUUAUCAAAAUCAAGGUGAAUGAACGAGUUCCAAAGCUUCAUUAUGUUACUCCAACGUUCAUAGAGGCUGGAAAACCAUUGGAGUUUGUUGCUUGUGGAAGUAAUCUUCUUCAACCUAACCUUAGGUUCCUGGUAUCUUUUGGUGGGAAGUACCUUUCACAUGAUGUUUAUGUUCUGCCACCGCAAGGUAAGAGUGAAGGAGAUUCUGAUAAAUCAAAUCAUCAGUGGUUGAAGAUAUGUGUUCCUAAGACCGAAGCCGAUCUCUUUGGCCCAGCUUUUGUUGAGGUUGAGAAUGAGUCUGGUCUUUCCAAUUUCAUUCCUAUACUCAUAGGAGAUGAAGAAGUUUGUGCAGAAUUGAAAGUGAUUCAGCAAAGAUUUGGUCUUUCCGUGGGUAGUGAAGGACCAGAGUAUCCAACUUCUAAUACAUGUGAAGUUCCCAUCUUCGAGCAAAGAAAAUUCUUAGAUUUUGUAAUGGAUGUGGCAUGGUUGCUGAAGAGGCCACUUUUAGAGAAGAUGCAAACUUUGACAUCUACCCAGAUUAGAAGAUUCAAUCAUGUACUAAAUUUCUUAAUGGAAAACGAGUCUACCGCGAUAUUGGACAGAGUGGUUAAUCAUGUAAAUGCUAUGAUGGAUGACAAUUUUGUUGCUGCUGAUAUUGCUGCUACUGAGAUCGAGCUCUUUUGGUUGAAUCUUGAUAAAGCAAGAGAUAUUAUCUACCGGGAAUCGGAAGGGAAAGGACUUUCAAAAAAUUAUUCUAGAAAAUCUGGACUGGGGAAGAGUUUGGUUCCUCAAAGCUCCAAGAAGAUAGCAACGAACAUUUCGUCUAAACAUCAGGUUACGGAGCCAAUGAAUGAACAAAAGUUAGCUCGAAAGGUUUCAACAUCUUUCGCGGGAUGUACAACUGUCCCUCUUCUAAAUGGGGAGGUGGUUAUGAGUGUAGCCAUUAGAGAGCGACCUACAAAAUCUUGCACUCCUCUUCUGACUAGAACGGUUUUCUCCUCUCGAACUCUUGUUUUUGCUGCCACUGCUGCAACUGUUUGUUUAGGACUCUGUGCAGUUGUUCUUCAUCCCGAUAAGGUCGGUGUAGUGGCGACUACUAUCCGGAAGUGUUUGCUUGAGAAUCCUUAG